AUGGUAAACCCGAAUUUGGUGGUGGAUGAGCAUCCACUUCCUACAAUUGAGGAAUUAUUCGCAAACGUUGCUGGUGGAGAUAAAUUUUCGAAGAUAGACUUAUCUCAGGCUUAUCUGCAGUUGGAAGUCGAUCCUGAUCAGCGGGAAAUCCUUACCCUGAGCACUCAUCUGGGACUGUUCAGGCCGACACGUUUAAUGUAUGGUGUAAGCUCCGCGCCUGCAAUAUGGCAACGUCUCAUGGAAGAAGUGUUAAACGGAAUACCAGGAGUUACAGUGUUUUUGGAUGAUAUACGCGUGACGGGUCAGAAUGAUGAAAUUCACUUACAACGGCUUGAAGAAGUAUUUAAACGGUUGUGUCAGUAUGGUAUGCGAAUAAACUUGGAUAAGUGUGUGUUUUUUGCGGACCGUAUAGAGUAUUGCGGAUAUGUCGUUGACCGUAAUGGUAUACAUAAAGUUCAAAAGAAAAUCGAUGCGGUACAAAACAUGCCCACCCCAGAAAAUAGAGAACAAGUUCGAUCUUUCGUUGGUCUAGUGAAUUACUAUGGACGUUUUGUUCCUGAUCUCAGUACAAUGAUUUACCCACUAAACAGACUAUUGCGAAAUAAUAUUCCAUUUCAAUGGACGAAGGCUUGUGAAGAGGCCUUCAAGAGAGUGAAACAGGAGAUGCAGUCUGAUAGUUUCUUAGUGCAUUACAAUCCCGAAUUGCCACUAGUGUUAGCGACCGACGCGUCACCCUAUGGAGUUGGAGCUGUGCUAAGCCACAUCUUACCGGACGGGUCUGAGCGACCGAUACAAUAUGCUUCACAUACGUUGAAUGAGGCUCAACGUAGAUACAAACAAGUUGACCGUGAAGCGUACGCGAUCGUGUUCGGAAUUCGACGGUUUUAUCAAUACUUGUUUGGACGCAAGUUUGUGCUUUACACGGACAAUGAGCCUGUCAAGCAAAUAUUUUCGGAAACAAAAGGACUGCCUACAAUGUCAGCCUUAAGAAUGCAACACUAUGCCACGUUCCUGCAGUCUUUUGAUUAUACUAUCAAGUUUCGGUCUACUAAGCAACACUACAAUGCGGACGCAUUUUCGCGAUUACCAAUAUCAGAUAAGCAACCAGAUAACAUUAUAGAAGAAGUUGACAUUCUGGAAAUCAGUAUUAUUGAAACAAUGCCUUUAACAGUGAAAGACCUAGCGAAGGCGACUGCGGUAGACAGCUCGAUUAAGAUACUGUAUCAAGGGUUGCGAAAUGGGAAAGCAGUCCAUGCCAUAGAUCGGUUUGGUAUUGACCAGAGCGAAUUUUCGCUUCAACAAGGGCGCAUAAUGCGAGGAAUACGCGUUUAUAUUCCUCCGGAAUUGCGAAUCAAAGUGCUGAACGAAUUGCAUUCCACUCAUUUUGGUACGACUCGUUUGAAGUCUCUCGCCAGAGGUUAUGUUUGGUGGGAACGCAUCGAUAGAGAUAUCGAAGAAUUGGUAAAAAACUGUGCUUCCUGUCAGAUGACACGUGCAAACCCGGUGAAAGCACCAUUGCACUGCUGGGAACCUGCCACCCAGCCGUUUGAGCGAGUACAUAUCGAUUUUGCUGGACCUUUUAUGGAGAAAUAUUUCAUCGUUUUCGUUGAUGCGUAUACAAAAUGGCCAGAGGUGAAAAUUGUACGAGACAUAACGACUGCUACUACUAUCAACGCAUGCAGGGAAUUCUUUCCGACUUAUGGAAUACCAUGUGUUUUAGUAACCGAUCGUGGUGUUCAGUUCACUUCAGGUGAAUUCCAGUAG